GCAGCUCCCGCCCCGCACCUGGGGGUCGCCCGGGCUCCCCCCGAGCCCCGCCGGGUCUGGGGGGGAUUUUCCGCCGGGGUUGGGGGUGUGCGGAGCGAGGAGAGACUUUAUUUCUUUGUGAGUCAAAGAUGUUCCUGGAAGAAGGAUUUGUAGUGCUGGAGUUCUUUGUGGCACUGAACUUGGCCUUGAGUGUCUUUUGUCCAAUGCAACUAUUUGAAAUGUUUGUACAACAAAACUAAGUGCAACUGACUGUAUCUGUAGACUUGAAAAAUCUGAAGACACAACUCAAUAAGAAACCUCAUUCCAUCGCUGAGUGAACCCACGGAUGCACUCGCAGUGAUGUGUGAAAGCACGUAAAGCUGAAAGAGAAUUAAUUUUUUUGCUCGUGGAAAAAACAGAAAACCAACCUUUUUCCUGGCAGAGGUUUUCCAGCUCAGCAGACUUGUAAGCACAUGUUGGAGAACUCUACAAGUGUCCUUAUUGUGAUCAGUGAGCACCCCCAAAGAACUGCAGCCUUCCAGUGAGAUGUAAGAGGGAACAGAAGGGAGGAAUCAUGCCCACCCAGCCCCUCCUGGCAUACAUGGAAGGGCCGGAUGGAAUAGCCAGUACUGUGGGGGCACAGAUGGACAACAGCGACGCCUCGAUGACGAUAAAAGGGACAAACACCAUCUCCUACAAAAGCUUGCAGGAGAAGUUCCUCAUGCAGGCUGAGGGCUGCAUGCCCCUGGACUGCAUGUUCUGUGACGAGACCUUCAAACACCCCGAGGAGCUUGGGAAGCACGUUCUGACCCAGCACAGGCCCACGCUGUGUGAGCCGGCUGUCCUGAGGGUCGAGGCAGAGUAUCUCAGCCCUCUGGAUAAGUGUCAGGUAAGAACCAACCUGCCCUCCCCAAACAAUGAGCAGGACAGCGAAGAACUCAGCUGUAAAGUUUGCGGGCAGACGUUUGAUAAAGCUUUUGACAUUGAGGCGCACAUGAAAAAGCAUAAAGACUCUUUCACGUACUGGUGUAAUGUUUGUGGGCGAAGAUUCAAAGAGCCCUGGUUCCUCAAAAAUCACAUGAGGACACACACUGGAAAGCCUGGCUCUAGGAACAAGCACCAACAAGGUUCUGAAGGCCCCGUAACAAUAAAUGAGGUGGUGCAGGAGCAUGUAACUGAAAAUGUAACGUCACCUUACAAAAUUUGUAUGGUUUGUGGUUUCCUAUUUCACAAUAAAGAGACUUUAAUUGAGCACAGCAAAGUGCACACCAAAGAAUCAGUAGCCAACGGUGAAAGCCCCCAAGUGACUGCUGAAGUGAAUGCAGAAGAAACAUCUCAACACCAGGAAUUUUUCCAGUUCUUGAACUUGAGACCAAAUUCAGUUCCAGAUAAGGACAAACUGCAGAAACCUGCCAAAUGGAUUGCUGAGCUGGAUCCUUUCACCACAUACCAAGCAUGGCAGCUGGCUACCAAAGGGAAAAUUGCAGUUGGCCACGGCCAAGUGAAAGAACCAGGGCAAGAAGGAAGUACAGACAACGAUGAGUCAUCUUCUGAUAAAGAAGAACUCUGUGAAAUUUGGAAUGCAAAUAAAGGUAGCCAGGCUGAAACUACAGGGAAGUCAAAAGUAAAUAAAAACAGCAGUUAUGCAGGGAAUGGUAACUUAACCCAAGACAAAUUGAAACAUCCAGGUGGUGAAGUGCCUUCUUUGGAGAUGGAUCCCAAAUCAUCCCAGAACAAAGAGAAACCAACACACUGCUCCGAGUGUGGGAAAGCCUUCAGAACAUACCACCAGCUAGUCCUUCAUUCCAGGGUGCACAAGAGAGACAGGAGGGCUGAUGGAGAGACCUCAGCUGCUUCCAGGACAUUCUGUGGUGAUAUAAUCACAAACCUGGAGGAAAACGGAGCGGGAGAGCGAAUGGAAGGAGGCUCCGAAGAUGGAUCUGAAGAUGGGCUCUCGGAAACAAUUCAUUUAGACAAAAAUGAAGAUAGUUUGGAAAGAACAAAAGUUAAAACCCUUGGAACCUCCAGAGAAUGCAGCUACUGUGGAAAGUAUUUUCGCUCCAAUUAUUACCUCAAUAUUCAUCUCAGAACUCAUACAGGUGAAAAACCGUACAAAUGUGAAUUCUGUGAGUAUGCAGCAGCACAGAAAACUUCACUGAGGUAUCACUUAGAGAGACAUCACAAGGACAGGCAUGGUGACAGUGCAGCAGACGCGAAAAGUGACAGCAAAGUGUCAUUACGGAGUCAGGAGACGGUGCUUUCGCUGGCUGCUGAUGGUGCUCAAGAAACCAAAAACCUGAAGAGGCUUUUUGAUGGUGCCAAAGAUGCUGAGAGCUGCCCACCUGCCAAGCAGCAAAAGGAAGUUCUGUCCUUGAGCAAUGCAAUAGGCAGCACAGUCUUUUUAAAAAUCAAAACCAAUUCCAGGGAAUCGAACAAAGGUUCUGUUUGUAACAAUUCCAGUCAAAUACCCGAGAACGUGCCCACUGCUUAUGUGGAAAAACUAAAGGCUGAGAAGGAAACGAAGGAAGCUCAGCUUAAUGUUCCUCAUAAAAGAGAGAGAAAGGUUUCUGUGGCAUCAGAGGAAGAUGAUGUCCAGUAUAUCUGUGCUUUUAUUGGUGGAAAAAAUGUGAAUGAUGUGCAGGAGUGCACUGAGAACUACAAACACAAACCUGUCGCGGGCUGUCACGAGCAGCCCUUGGAUUUAUCCAGCAAGGCUUCACAAGAAUGUUCAGUGGUUGCAACUAGAGGCCUGAUAGCACCCAGCACCUGCCCCUUCUGUACUUACAGGACUUUUUACCCCGAGGUCCUAAUGAUGCACCAGAGGCUGAUGCACAAGUACAACCCCGACACCGUUAACAAGAACGGCUACAGAACCAAGGCCGUGGCCAAGGCCCGGCGCACGGGGUGUCCCCCAGCUCUGCUGGGCAAAGAUGUGCCUCCUCUGCCUCCUCAUUCCAAUAAAAACAAGGCUUCCCCAUCUACACAGCAGAAACCAUUGCAAACAGGGAAAGCUAAACAAUGUCCCCCUGCACAGAACAAAGCCCCUCUCUUCUCAGCGACGGAGUCGAGCAGCACAGCCCCCAGUAACCUCAAGUUUCAUAAACAGCCAAGUAAUGUUGGAGCUCAGGCAAAUAACUACAGACAACCUCAGCAAGAAGUGCACUCCAGUCCCAGCAUCUCUCCAGUGCUGGACAGAGUAAAAAGGUCUGAAUCUAAGAUAAAAGCUCUGGGUGCCCCAGUGACUCAGUCUGGUCUGAUAAGCAGCAGCAUGAAUGGGGUUCUUGACUCUCACCUAAAUGAACCUGCCUGGGCUUGUCAUCGAGGAAGGGACUAUCUUUGUAGUAAAUCUGGGAACAAUGUAAACCUAGACUAUGGUGAACCCUCUUCCAAACGAAUGAAACCCACCCUGGUGGCUGUUGACCACGUGGACUCUGCCAUGGCCAAUUACAGGAGAUACGAAAUGAGCAGAUUUCGUGUUGCAAACAGAUAUGCAAAUCUGCUACCUCAGGAAUACCCUCACACCAAACCUGCACCCUCCGCUUUGCCAACCAAACAAGGGCUUCUGAAUUCUGAUGAUGCUGAUCCUCCCAGUGCAUUGACUGCUCUCAAACCCUACGAGCCAUAUGGCUCUGGAUCACUGUACGGUUCCUGUGGAUCCAGCAAUGGCCAAGUGACCAGCUCUACAGGAGAAGGGAAGAGAUCAAUGUCUUACCAACACUUACCCAGCAGCCUCCUGCAGAAGAGGAGUUACGAGCCCUUCGUGGGGAACUCACACUUCAGGCCCAGUGACAAGAAGAAUUAAAUCCUUCAAGAAACGGUCUAAGGACACAAGUGCAUGUUUUAUGGAGUUAUACCUGCAGUUCAUCCCCUGAGGAAGAGAAAAUGGUGAAAGCUACUGAACUAAGCUGUGAUUGUACUGUAUAUAGAAACACUACAGUUUUAUAAUAUUGGUUCUUUUAACGUUUUGUACCAAAUAGCCAUAAAAAGUAGUCUAAACAAUUGGGUUAUGAAGGUGUGUGGAGAAUGUAUAUCUUGACAUUGACUUCUUGAGUAUUUUUCAUUAGAACGAAUUGACCAAAUAUUAGGUAGGAACUAUAUUUUUACAUACUUGAGCGCUGCUGAAGAGUUUCUCUUUGAAAGAAUAUAUAUCGUUGCACCUCAGGUAACCUGUAAAUAGUGAAGAUGAAAUCCUGUUGGCUUAAUGCUCCUUUUUCAUAAAAGUGAAAGUUUCUCAUCUGUUUGGGUUUUUUUUCCAUGUUGAACUAUGUUAGGGUUUUUUUGUUGUUGGUUGGUGGUUUUUUUUUUUUAAACAACUUCCAAAUAAACUGUCUGAAACUGUCCAGUUUCUAAAUGUUGUGAACAUUAAAGCAACGGUGCUGACCUUGUGCUGAUCUGCCUUGUGUGUGAGAGGACCACGACGUGCUGGAGGGCUCUGGUCCCCUCUGGGCUUGUUUCCAGCAUGUUUUUAAAUGCAAGGACGAGGCAAUACUUGACAUUUGGAUUUCCUGAAGUGUGGUUGGAUUAUUCUCUUGGCAUUGGUUGCUUGUUCUUCAGAGAAGCCUCUCAAACAUCUCUCCCAAAACUUUGCAGCAGAAAAUCCCUAGGACUGGCUUGAGAACCAAUACUGAUCUGAGUGCUGCAGAGGUUUAGUUCUGUGCUAAGCUCCACACAGUUACAUUUAGAGUAAAAACUACUUUGCACCUUUGUCCAAGCUGUAAAGUCACAAACAAGACUUGCAAUAUGAAUAUGGGAUCUCCAGACUUCAAAAGGGAUGUGGCUCUGGUGGAGCCUUCUUGACUGUGCUUGGAAGCUUCUUGAUGUCAAGUUUUAGCAUCUACUGGGUGUUUAAAAUGAGUGAGAAAUAACCUGUAAAUGGGAGAAUAUCUCCUUUUAUUUUUUUGUGAAGACAACAAGAGUUUUUUCUAAUGCACAUGCAGUUUAAUAUUUUAAAGGGAAGAUGGCCAGUUACCAGCCAGUAAAGCAGAACUGUUGCAUAUUUUGACUUGCCUUCCUAGUUUCUCCUCAUGAAACCUGUAGUUAAGAGUUAAUUCCUUCUGGACCUGGCUUUGACUUCCAUAUAUUUUAGUAAAACAAAACAAAAAAAGAAAUAUUUUGCACUGUUCGUUUUGCUCUCUUCCCUCAUACAGCAAAUGUAAAAUAGCAAAAACCUUAGAAACUCUUUGUUUUUUCAUUAUGCAACUUGAGAUGUUCCAGUUGUCUGUCUUAGUUCCUGGAUAUGGGACCUAUUUUUGCUGUCUCUGUGAACUGGCAAUGGAAUGAAGUGCUGUGUAUCAGGAAAUUGUACACUAUUGACCUGUUUUCCUGUUCAUAAGCUGAGCCAUAUGUACAUAAUCUAGAUUUUUGUUUUCCUAGUUUUGCACUUUUAUAGCCUAUUUUUUGAAGAUGAAUUCACUUGGAAAAUGGUUGAUCUAUUUUUUUGCCUGAUUUCUCCAUGAGUUUAUAGAAUCCGUGGGUGUCCCUGUCCUGCCUGUGCCAGGGGUGUCCGGGGUUGUUCCUCUGUGCAGGGCUGGGUUUUAACGUGUUUCAGCAAACAGACCUAAGGCUUGUUUGUUUUUAAUCUCCCUUCAUGCUGGUACAGUUUUUCAAGGCUUUUUUUUUUAUUGUUUUGGUUGAUAUCUUUGGGGUUGGAAUGGAAAAACAGACCUGAAGACUCUAUUCCACAGCAGCACCACCCUGUGCUUCAGAACACACUUUGCCCAUCAGUAUUAACUAUUGGGAUACUACUGGUUUUGUAUGUCUUUGGAAAUAACAGUGCAUAUAUAGAGGUACAAAUUGUUGAUUUUCUUUCUUUUUUUUUUUUUUUUAAAUGUAUUUAUUUCAUUCCAUUUUGUUCUAUUUUAAUUGUUGGAACCGGAAGUCAUCAAGCAGUAGGCACACAAUACUCAUUUAAUUUAUGAUGUAUUUCACUUUAGUUGAGUAUAUUAUUACAUGUGGUUGUAAAUAUAGACUUGGUGUUUU